AUGGCAGCCUGUGGAAGCCUAGAACAAAUCUUUAAGGAGCCAUUGCCAGAAACUCCAACACUUCUUGAAUCUCUUACAUCAUGGAAACAAAUAAAAUCCAUGAAAUCGGUUGACGAUUUGUCCUUUACAGAAGUAUUCGGUGAAUUACAUUUUAAAGAAAACCGUGCCUCCGAAUCAUCUUCACCCUCCCCUCUUCCUCAAUCCUCUCCAUCCUCAUCUUUGUCCUCAAAUUCGAUGUUUUUUCCUGAUGUGCAUCAACAAUCUGAUAAUGAAAAACUCAACAGGGAGAAAAGUGAUAGCCCAAACAGCAAUAAUCAUGACAAAGCCAAGAAUCCAACAUCAAGUUAUUAUCCAACCACCCACAAAAAGAAAUACCGGCAUAGUGAUAGCUUUUCGUCUGUCAAUUCUGACAGUUUAUCGCUAUGCACUGAAGGGCUUGGAUUCGAAAGCUUUGAUGAUGUUGAGGAUUUGUUGAGGAAUGACAUUUGUAAUGAAUUUCAGCAUCAGGAGGAGAGAAAGAGUUUCACAAGAAAAACUCAAACGGAAAGCCAUUGGAGUGAAUAUUCAAAGAGAUCAAGAACAAGUAGAGGUUCAUUUCCUCCUCCCAUUUCUUGUAUAGGUAGGAGUGGGAAGCCAUGGGUGUGCUUUAAAUCGUACAGAGAAGACGGCCGGUUUAUUCUUAAAGAGAUACGGAUACCAACUCAGGAAUUCAUGUAUGCAUGUCGCGAAAAUGGACGUCUGAAGUUGCAAUUUAUUCAUUCUGAUGAAGAAAUUCUUGAAGACAAUGAGGAAGAAGAUGAAGAUGAUGAUAACAUCAAGGAAAUCAAUGGAGAAACCGGUAAAAAUGAUGAUGCUAAAAGUGAGGGCGACAUGAAUGAAGAGGGACGAUAA